GUGGGUAGCAUAUAUUUUUCCACAGUCAAAUAUCUCCUCCCCUUCCUAGAAAAUUAACUUUCUCUCUCCAAAAAAACAUUUCUAGAGAGAGAAACUCUAUCUCUAUCUAUUCAUCUACUCUCUCUCAAGUCUCGAACUCAAUACGUGUUCCCUAAGUCUUUCAUUUCCACAAUCUAUCUAAACUAAACUAAACUACACAUAAUAACAAACCUAUACAUACAAACACUUGUGUCUAUCUAUAUUUUUGAUGACUUCUUCCGGGAGCUUAGACACUUGUGCAAACUCAUACCCAACAACAUCAACUAAACAAUUCUCUUUCAUGUCAUCAUCUUUCUCUGAUCUUUUGAACUCCGGCGCCGGAGAUGUCAACAACGCUGUCAGUUAUGGUCUUGGAGAUCGUGUAGCUCAGAGAACUGGCUCUGGUGUGCCCAAAUUUAAGUCACUUCCGCCACCAUCUCUGCCGAUAUCUCCUCCUUUUGUUUCACCUUCCUCUUAUUUCUCUAUUCCUCCUGGGCUAUCCCCGGCUGAACUCUUGGACUCUCCUGUUCUCUUGUCUUCUAACAACAUUCUGCCAUCUCCUACUACAGGGAGUUUUCCUUAUCAGGCUUUUAAUUGGAAGAAAGACAAUAGUAACAACCAGCAAGAUGAUGUUAAACAAGAGCAAAAUCACUACUCAGAUUUUUCUUUCCAGACGCAAACAAGACCUCCUGCAACAUCAUCUACAACGAUAUAUCCAUCUCAAACCACUACAAUCACCACUGAAAGACAGCCAUGGGGUUAUCAAGGAUCUGCCAAGAAUGAUGCUAAUUCUAUGGUAAAAUCUGAAUACCAGCAACCGAUGCAGAGUUUUUCUCCUGAGAUUGCAACUAUUCAAACCAAUCCUCCGAGUGGAUACCAGCAAGAUUAUAGUAAUCAGUAUAAUCAGCCAACACAAUCAGUGAGGGAGCAGAAAAGAUCAGAAGAUGGGUAUAAUUGGAGAAAGUAUGGGCAGAAACAAGUGAAAGGGAGCGAAAAUCCGCGGAGCUACUACAAGUGUACAUUCCCCAAUUGUCCAAUGAAGAAGAAAGUUGAGAGGUCGUUAGAAGGCCAAAUAACUGAGAUUGUUUACAAGGGUAAUCAUACUCAUCCUAAACCUCAGUCAACUAGGAGAUCAUCAUCAGUGGCAUCAGCUUCAUCUCAAGCAAUCCAAGCUUUUAAUCCUCAGACAAAUGAGGUACCUGAUCAUUCUUAUGGUUCACAUGGAACUGGGCAAAUGGAUUCAGCUGCAACUCCGGAGAAUUCAUCGAUAUCAGUUGGGGAUGAUGAUUUUGAGCAGACUUCUCAGAAGAGUAAAUCAGGGGGUGAUGACUUCCAUGAAGAUGAACCUGAUUCCAAAAGAUGGAGAGGAGAUGGUGAGAAUGAAAUCUUAUCAGCACCUGGAAAUAGGACAGUUAGAGAGCCUAGAGUUGUAGUUCAAACAACAAGUGAUAUUGAUAUUCUUGAUGAUGGUUAUAGAUGGAGAAAGUAUGGUCAAAAAGUGGUGAAGGGAAAUCCUAAUCCAAGGAGUUACUACAAGUGCACAAAUCCAGGAUGCCCAGUGAGGAAACAUGUUGAGCGAGCAGCUCAUGAUCUGAGGGCCGUCAUAACAACUUAUGAAGGGAAACACAAUCACGACGUUCCAGCAGCUCGUGGCAGUGGGAACCACUCUCUGAAUAGGCCUCUGCCUACCAAUGCCGCAAAUAAUGCUCCCAUGGCCAUCAGGCCUUCUGCAAUGUCACAUAAUAUACCAAACAACUCAGCUCUCAAUCCAAUCAGCAGUUUAAGGCAACCAUCAGCCAAUGGCCAAGCACCCUUCACACUAGAGAUGUUGCAGAGUCCCGGAAGCUUCGGAUUCUCAGGAUUCGGAAACUCCAUGGUCCCCUCCUACAUGAAUCAGACACAACAGCAAGAAAAUGAUUUCUCAAGAACCAAGGAAGAACCUCGAGAUGACACGUUCCUGGACUCAUUGCUUUGCUAAAUGCUUUGCGGAACUCAUGGUCUGAGAAAUCAAACAUGACAUUGGGAAAAAAGAACCAAGAAUCUGAGAUCAACUUCAUUUGUUUAUUGGUGGUAUACUGUGUGCUUGUUUUUGGAUAUAUCUGUGUAUAUCUUUUUGCAGGAAUGUGUUUGUAUAUUUGCAGAUUAAUAUUAUGUUGUAGAAUUUGCUGGUAUUUUGCCCCUGUUGGCCUAUCGUUUGUGAGUUAUAUUGCUAGACUAGAUAAAUAUAUCAACCUGAUGUUACAAUAUUCAUAGGGCAGAUAUUCAAUUUAUUUGUUUUUUCUUGUAAUGACCUUAAGCCAAGAAAUAUACUGAUUUUUCUAUA